UUUGCAACAAAAAAAUGAAGUUUCAAACUACUCCAGCUAAAAAGCAAAAACAAAGGCAACCUAAACCAAAAAAUAAAGAAAAUAAAUUAAUAUCAUUAGAAGAACAAUUAUUACAAGCAAUUAAACGGUCAUCACUUCGUUUAAUUGUCAAUUGUUAUAUUAAAGGUGUUAAUGCAAAUUUGGUAAUUGAUUCAACAAAUGGUGAUAAUCCUUUACAUAUUGCUGUACGAACAAACAAUAUUUCAACAUUGCAAGCAAUCCUUUUACUCUUUUCUGACGAACAAAUGUUGAAUGGGAAAAACAAUAAUGGAGAAUUACCAUUACAAUUAGCUGGAAGUUAUUCAUCAAAAAUUCGAGAUUGUAUUCAACUUUUUAUUUCAAUUCAUUGUGAAACAAACAAAGAAAUUUGUAAUCAACAACAAGAAUGUUCUAGUAUGGAAAAUGUGAAGAGGGAGGAUGGACCUAUUUUACUCUCUUUAGAUGGUGGGGGAAUACGUGGACUUGUUUUAAUUCGGGUUUGGUUUUUUCUUUUAAUUUUUUUGGGACUUGUAAGGCAACAUUUCAACAUUGCAAGCAAUCCUUUUACUUUUGAAAUAGAGGAAGACUUUUGUGACUUCUUCCUCUAUUUCUUGAGGUAG